AUGGGAAUCUACCGGUUAAAAGGAGAGCAAAGAAGAACAAAAAAGCUGAUUCAGUAUGCAAGGCCCAUUGGGCAGGUCAUUCAAGUUAAAGCUGCAGAGGAUCCAGCAGCAGCAAUAGCAAAGGAGGAGGAUUCCAACAAAUUAAAGAAAGAACCUGAAUUACUGACCUUCGGUUGCAAUGUACUUAGAGCAAUCGAGACUUUCAUUCGCUUGAUGCACAGCAUGAAGUUGACACUAGAAGGAAAAUUGAAUGUGAGCAUGUUGUACUGGAUAAGCUCCUCCAAAUCUGUCAAGCUCUGCAAGGAAUCGAUACCAAAUCUGAAGAAAUACAAUGAUGAAGGGGCUAAGAAGGAUUACAGUGCAAUAGGGACCAGCAUUCGGAAAGAUCUUUUCAGUGGAAAAGGACAGAAGCCACCCGCAGAUGUGCUGGUCUGGAUUGACCUAAUGGCUCGUCCUUUUAGGUACAAAUACCUGUUGAGAUAUAACACAGCUUUGCUGAACCCAAGGGCGAAACUGGACCACUUCCUGUCUCUAUAUGAGAAGCUACUGCAGGUUCAGAAGUUAGCGCAGGUGGAUACAGCAAGUCAAACUCAAUAUGAUGCAUUUCUUAGGAACAUACCUGUCGGUGCAUCAGUAUGGACAAAAUCGGUUUCGAAGAACAAAUAUGUGCAGAAAGUUUAUAACAAGAACAUAGCAGGUAGAUCUAACUCAGUUUUUGACUUGCUGAAGUUAGUGAGGGAUUGCAUCUACCACCUCAUGGACUAUUCUGUCGAAGGCGGUGUUGUCAAGUUCUGUGCUGAUGAUAAGCACCUAAUAAUUGAGACAUGUUUUCCUUCUGUCAAUUCCAGAAAGCGAUGGCAGAUCAAGGUUUUGAAGAUGUGUGCCUCAGAGAAGGUCACGGAAUGUGAAGAGCACUCUGGUGCCAAUUCAUAUGGAGGAGCAGGCUCUGAUGGUAAUAGCCGCUUUGGGCAUGUCCUGACAAGCCUCCCAAAGCCCGGAGGUGGAGAGCACAGGAAGUACUACAGCUUACCAGCCCUGAAUGAUCCUAGGAUAGAAAGAUUGCCAUACUCUAUCCGGUAUCUACUGGAGCCAGCCAUCCGCAACUGUGACGGUUUUCAGAUUACAGAGAAGGAUGUUGAAAAUAUCAUUGACUGGGAGAAUACAGCUCCCAAGCUAGUGGAGAUACCAUUCAAGCCCGCCCGUGUGCUUCUGCAGGAUUUUACUGGUGUCCCAGCCAUCGUUGAUCUUGCAAGCAUGCGCGAUGCAAUGGCCCGACUGGUGGAUGAUCCUGGCAAGAUUGAUCCCAUGAUUCCAGUGGAUCUAGUCAUUGAUCAUUCGGUACAAGCUGAUGUGGUAAAAUCAGAGAAUGCCCUCCAAGCUAAUAUGCAACGCGAAUUCGACAGGAACAAGGAGCGCUUCGCCUUCCUUCGGUGGGGCUCUAUGGCAUUCAAUAAUAUGCUUAUUGUUCCACCAGGUUCAGGAAUUGUUCACCAGGGCAUUGUGGGAAUUGAAGCAGAAGCAACAAUGCUUGGUCAGCCAAUGAGCAUGGUCUUGUCCAGUGUAGUUGGAUUUAAACUGUCAGGGAAAUUGCGUGAUGGUGUUACUGCAACCGACCUAGUCCUGACAGUGACACAUAUUCUUAGGAAGCAUGGUGUUGUUGGCAAAUUUGUUGAGUUUUAUGGUACAACUUCUGUCAAUCUUUAUACAUCUUCAAUUUUAAUAUUAUCACUAAUGGGUGGGUUUUGCAUAAUAUGGUGCAACAAUUGCUAUCAUGUGACACUUGGAUACCUGAAGCUGACAGGGAGAAGUGAUGAAAAGGUUGAGAUGGUGGAGGCAUAUCUUCGAGCUAACAACAUGUUUGUUGAUUACAACGAGACUCAAGCAGAAAAAGUUUACUCGUCUUACCUAGAGUUAGAUCUAGCAGAUGUUGAACCAUGUGUUUCAGGCCCGAAAAGACCUCAUGACCGUGUUGCUCUGAAAGAUAUGAAAGUAGACUGGCGUACCUGUCUCGCUAAUAAAAUUGGUUUCAAGGGCUUUGGCAUACCUAAAGAGCAACAGGAUAAAUUAGUCAAGUUCACCUUCCAUGGACAACCUACAGAGAUUAGACACGGUAGCAUUGUGAUUGCUGCCAUAACAAGUUGCACAAACACCUCAAAUCCAAGCGUCAUGCUUGGUGCUGGCCUUGUUGCAAAGAAGGCGUGUGAGCUUGGCCUUGAGGUUAAUCCAUGGAUUAAAACUAGUCUUGCGCCAGGAUCCGGGGCAGUGACCAAAUAUCUGCUGAAAAGUGGCUUGCAAAAGUAUUUAGAUCAUCUAGGUUUCAACUUAAUUGGAUAUGGUUGCAGAACAUGCAUUGGUAACUCCGGAGAGCUUGAUGAAGAUGUUGCUAAGGCAGUUACUGACAACGAUAUCAUUGCUGCUGCAGUACUCUCUGGUAACAGGAACUUCGAAGGGCGAAUUCAUGCAUUGGUUCGGGCCAAUUAUCUUGCCUCCCCUCCUCUUGUUGUGGCCUAUGCCCUUGCUGGCACUGUUGAUAUUGAUUUUGAGACGGAACCAAUUGGGAAAGGAAAAGAUGGAAAAGAUGUGUACUUCAAGGACAUAUGGCCAUCAAAUGAAGAAAUUGCAGAGUAUUUAGAAUGCACUUAUCACACCUUAAGGAGCACCUAUGAAGCAAUCACACAAGGCAACCCAAUGUGGAACCAGCUGUCAGUUCCCAAGGCAAAGCGCUUCCCAUGGGACCCCAGUUCCACCUACAUUCAUGAUCCUCCGUUCUUCAAGGAUAUUACACCGACUCUGCCAGGUCCACGCAGCGUAGAGAAUGCCUAUUGCCUGCUGAAGUUCGGUGACAGCAUCACGACUGACCACAUCUCACAAGCUGGGAGCAUCCCCAGGGACAGCCCUGCUGGCAAGUACCUGCUUGAGCGCGGUGUGCAGCCAAAGGAUUUCAAUUCUUAUGGAAGCCGUCGGGGCAACGAUGAAAUUGUGAAUAGGCUGUUAAAUGGAGAAGUUGGACUGAAGACGAUUCACGUCCCUACAAGCGAGAAGCUUUUCGUGUUUGAUGCUGCAAUGGGGGUCAAAGCAGUGAUCGCCGAGAGUUUUGAUAGGAUCCACCGCAGCAACCUCGUGGGAAUGGGAGUGUUACCACUGUGCUUCAAACCUGGUGAGGAUGCUGAUUCUCUGGGGCUCACUGGUCAUGAGCGCUACACAAUAAGGCUCCCUACCAAUGUGAGUGAGAUACAACCGGGCCAAGAUGUCCAAGUGGUCACUGACACUGGGAAGUCAUUCACCUGCAAGCUCCGGAUUGAUACCAUGGUGGAGCUGGCUGGCUUUGAUCAUGGCGGGAUCCUUCACUACGUUCUGAGGAACCUGGUGAAGCAGCAACAGCAGCAGUAA